AUGAAGUAUCCAAAUGAGGCCAUACAACGUGAAUACUAUCCACUUCCUAUGAUCGAUACGUUAUUGAAUAAAAUUAGAGGAUCGACCGUCUUCUCAAAACUGGAUAUAACGUCAGCAUAUCAUCACAUUGAACUUCACCCAGAAUCUCGUGGAAUCACCACUUUCAUGUCAAGUAGAGGUCUAAUGAGAUUCAAACGUUUAAUUUUUGGAAUCAACUGUGCUCCGGAGAUAUUUCAGCGGGUGAUGUCUGAAAUGUUAGCUGGAAUCGAAAGCGUCAUAGUCUAUAUCGACGAUAUAGUAAUAUCUGGAAGAACUAUGGAAGAGCACCAUGUUCGACUAAAGGAAGUUUUGGCUGUUCUUAAAAAGAAUAACGCUAUGCUUAAUAAGACUAAAUGUCUGAUAGGAGUAUCGGAACUUGAAAUCUUAGGAUUUAAUGUAAGUGUAGCAGGCAUAAGCCCGUCAAAUGAGAAAAUUUCUGAAAUUCAAAAUUUCCGAAAACCAGAAAAUAAAGAAGAAGUUAGGAGCUUCCUAGGUCUCAUAAACUUCGUUGGCCAAUUUAUCUCGGAUUUGUCAACGAGAACAGAAGCACUGCGUGAAUUCGUUGGUGGAGACGUUCAGAUCUUUGGCAAAGAACAGCAAAAGGCGUUCGAUGAUCUGCGAAACGAGUUGACAAAAACGGUGCGGAGGCUGGGGUUUUUUGAUCCAAAAGACGAAACAGAAUUGUACGUAGACGCUUCCUCAGUAGGUCUCGGAGCAGUUUUUAUGCAAAGAAACACUGACAAAACGCCAAGAAUCAUAUGCUUUGCAUCAAAAGGACUAACAAAUACUGAAAGAGUGUAUCCACAAACACAACGUGAAGCGCUGGCUGUUGUUUGGGCCGUAGAGAAAUUCUACCCAUAUUUAUUCGGUGUUCGAUUCACAAUUUUCUCGGACCACAAAACAUUAGAAUACAUCUUUGAAGGUAAACACCAACACGGAAAGCGCGCUUGUUCUAGGGCUGAAGGAUGGGCGUUACGUCUCCAGUCUUAUGAUUUUCAUGUAAAGCAUAUCCCAGGACCAACGAACAUUGCAGACAUUGUUUCAAGGCUAUGUCCACAAUCGGACACACCUUUCGACGAAGCCACUGAACACUAUCUGUGCCCACUAAGAGAGGAUCUAUCAGCCAUAACAUUGCAGGAAAUAAAACACGAGACGGCUCGAGAUCAGGUUUUAUGUGCCGUCAUCGAAGCGAUUCAUAGUCAGAACUGGCCAUCGGAUCUUUUCCGCUAUCAGGCUUUUUCAAAGGAAUUGGUAAUAACCGACGGAAUUGUGGUGAGAGAUGAUAGAAUUAUCCUUCCAUUGAAGCUACGCCCAAGAGCAUUAGAAAUAACCCAUCGAGGGCACCCAGGUAUAGUCACAAUGCGACGCGCACUCAGAGAAAAUGUUCGGUGGCCUUGCAUGGACCGAGAUGUCAGUGAUUAUAUACAAGAGUGUGCUGGAUGCGCAGCUGUCCGCUCACAAUGCCCCCCAGAACCGAUGAUGCGGAAAGAAAUGCCAGAUCGCGCUUGGCAAGAGAUAGCUAUCGAUUUCUUCUCCGCGAAGGAAUGCGCAACAUUUCUCGUGGCAGUUGAUUACUACAGUCGGUUCCUCAAGGUUACUGAGAUGAAGGGUACUAAUGCUGCAAAGACAAUCGAAGCUCUUGAAGCUAUAUUUCUAGAACAAACAUACCCAGAAACCAUCCGUAGUGAUAAUGGGCCACCUUUUUCCAGUGAGGAGUUUUCGAAUUACUGUGUUAGUAAAAAUAUUCGGCUAGUUCGGACGAUCCCGUACUGGCCACAAAUGAAUGGGCUAGUGGAACGGCAAAACCAAGGCAUUUUGCGAGCACUGCGCAUUGCUAGAGCCGUCAAGGCAGAUUGGCGCAAAGCGGUUCAGGAUUAUGUAUAUGCGUAUAACACAACCCCUCAUUCGGUAACAGGUAAAGCACCAAUGGAAUUGCUUACUGGUAGACCGAUCAAAGAUCUCCGUCCCUAA